GAGCCCCGCCGCACCGAGCCGCGCCGGGCGGAGCGCAGCCGCCGCGCCGGGGCCGCCCCGGGCCGGGCCAUGCGCUGAGGCCGCCGCGCCGCCCGCAGCCAAGGGCGGAUCCCGGGCAGGACACGCGGCGGCGGCGAGCGCGGGGCAAGAUGCCGGAGCAGAGCAACGAUUACCGCGUGGUGGUGUUCGGCGCCGGCGGCGUGGGCAAGAGCUCGCUGGUGCUGCGCUUCGUCAAGGGGACCUUCCGCGACACCUACAUCCCCACCAUCGAGGACACGUACCGGCAGGUGAUCAGCUGCGACAAGAGCGUGUGCACGCUGCAGAUCACCGACACCACCGGCAGCCACCAGUUCCCGGCCAUGCAGCGCCUCUCCAUCUCCAAGGGCCAUGCCUUCAUCCUGGUGUUCUCCGUCACCAGCAAGCAGUCGCUGGAGGAGCUGAAGCCCAUCUACCAGCAGAUCGUGCAGAUCAAGGGCAGCGUGGAGAGCAUCCCCAUCAUGCUGGUGGGCAACAAGUGCGACGAGACGCAGCGCGAGGUGGAGAGCAGGGAGGGGGAGGCCGUGGCCAAGGAGUGGAAGUGCGCCUUCAUGGAGACCUCGGCCAAGAUGAACUACAACGUCAAGGAGCUCUUCCAGGAGCUGCUGAACCUGGAGAAGAGGAGGAACGUCAGCCUCACCAUCGACGGGAAGCGCUCCAGCAAGCAGAAGAGGACAGACAAAAUCAAGGGGAAGUGCAGCAUCAUGUAGAGCCCCGGACUGGCCCGCGCCCCCUCCUCCCGAUGUCCCCCCUCCAUCCUCCCCCCCCACGGCCGGGCGUGGCGGUGGCAUCGCAGCGGGACCGUGCCCUCGUCCCCCGUGCGCCAUCACUGUGACUGUGCGGGGACGCCACGCCCGGGGCCGGGCCGAGGGACGCCCCCGCCGGGCACGGCAGCACCGGGGACUCGCCGGGGCCCUGCCCCGCACUCACAGCACAACCGGGGCCGCCGGGCCCGGCCCCCGCCGGUCCUCGCGGGAGGGAAGGACGGUGCCACGCGGGGGUGGCGGCGGUGCCUCCCUUGGGGACAGUCCCGCGUCCCCCCGCGCCCCCGUCCCCACGCCAUAGCGCUCUGCUCCUGCGGGCAGAGCCCCGGGGCGGGGGCAGCCCCUGCGCGGUGCUCGUGUCCCCCUGCCCGGUGUCCCCCGGCCCCCCUGCCCCAUUCCUGGUGCCAUGACCCCCCCCCCAAACCCCCAGCCCUGUCCCGGUGC